UAUUCGUGUCUCGUCUCAGCAACAACGGUCGUCGUCGGUGCUGGGUCUUUUACGCUCGAUUUUCAAUUUCUUUCCACGGCCAGAGGAAUAAGAAAACAGAAAAAAAAAUUCAGGCACACACCGAAAACAUAUGGUCUCCUUUGUAUGCGAGUGAAUUGGUGUGUAAACCGAAAAUCCCCACAAAACAACAUUGUCAUCUGUGUUUGUGCGUAAAACAAGCGAGUGAAUGAGUGAGUCGGUCGAUUGUUUCUUAAAAAAAGUAUGCCGAGAGUUUAAAAAUAAACAAAAAACAACGCACUGCCUGCCGGCCCCUUAAAGUGGAAAUCAUGUUGUAAAGAUAGAUAUUCUAAGAGCAAACAACAACAACCAAAAUUGGGGACAACAAACCAAAGCAAAGAAAAAAAAAAAACAAGAAAUCUCAAAGAAAAAAAAAAAAAAGAAAUACCCCAAAGUGGAAAAUAAAAGCAGGCAUUUUACACUAAAUCAUCACAAAAUUUGAUUAUGAAGCAAAAACAACAACAUUUUGCCUCCAACAUCUUGGAAAGGUUAAAAGUUUCUUAAAUUAGCAAAAUUAAAAAAAAAAGAAUCUCACAUAAAAAUAGCUAUGAGAAAAUAAACAUCUUCAAGAAAAAAAAACAUAAAUUCUAAAGGAAAAAAAUAACAAAAAGAAUUCCAUUAAAUCAACACCAACCAACCAACAAUCCAAUGGAAUUCCCCAGAGUAAAACAUAAAACGAAAUAUGGGCAAUUUUCAUAAUUCAAAUUAAUUAACAGUCAUAAUUUUCGUUACAAAAUCGCCAACAGCAGCAGCGGCCAUUUACAUUCUAGAUUCCGCGUUGUUUUUUUCAACCAGUGUUUUGUUUGGCUCAAAUUUAUGUGCGUCAAUAAGUGAAUAUAAGUGUUCUUGUUCUUGUUGUCAUUAUUGUUAUUAUUGUCAUUCCAGUAUCAUUUAUAAUACUUAAGGGGAAUCAAGCCAAGUGUCUGUUAUUAAGAUAUCACACACACACACACAUUCAUCUUUACAAAAUAAAUACAUACAUACACACAAUCAGUGUAAAUUACAAAUCCCAAGUUACCGCCAACCUCAUUGGAAAUCCUCAAACCUCAAAUCAAAAUAUCUUUAAGGAAUAUUCAAUUAUUCAAAUAAAGAGGCAAAAAGGAAAAAAAACCCAAAAAAGUGUGAAAAAUAAAAAUCCAAAAAAAGAUAAUAAAAAAAAUCAAAUUUAAUGCUAAUAUCAGCUAAACCAUAAAAAGAGAAAAAAAAAAAAAAAAAAAUCCAAAACCAAUUCCCCUUAACCAAAGAAUAGUGAAUUUCCAUAUUACAACAAAAAUCAAAACCUAGCAAAAAGCAAAGAGUGUAAAGCAAAAAAUUGAUUUCCAUAUUAAACGAAAUAGAAAAAAAAAUCAACGAAACAACCAAACACACGGAAUUCAUAGCCGCUCUUAGCUGGAUCAGAGCAUACUUUUCCCAAAACAUGGAGUUAUUUUCAAAUGGAUGCCAAUAACAUUGGAUAAGAGUUUUUUGUUUAGAAAAAGCAUCUGUAGACAGCAGAACAUAUGAGGUGGUCACACAAUUCCCAUUUGGAUCCGCAAUGAAUUUCAUGGAAGAAACCGUAUACUAAAGAAGAAGAAGAAACAUAUCAGCUGGCCAAAAAAAAGAAAAGAAAAAACAGGCGAACGAUAAAACCAACGAACAAACCCUAUAUCCUAUCCCGAAAAAUUUUUUGUUAUUUUUUUUCCGACCUUUUCAUAAUUUUUAUUUUGUGAAAAUCCACGAAGACCCAGAAAGAAAGUCAAACGAAGGAACAAUUUUCAUGCACCGAGGCACGCGCACACACACACACAAACAUAGCUAUUUGUGUUGUGUCCCAUUGCUAAAUGACGUAUUCUGAUGGUAUUGACUGUACGGCGAUUAAAAAUGGAAGCUUGGCAAUUUUAUACAAAUACAAAUAUAAACAAAAUCAAAUUAAUGCCAGACCAACAGCAGCAACAGCAGAAGCAGCAGCAGAAGAAAAGUCAAUAUCAACAAAGGAUAGUGAAACAGAAGCCGAAGCAACAUCCCAUCCAGCUUCAGCAUGUGGAACACGGGGCGGCAUUGUUUUUGGAGGAAUAUCAACAGCGACAAGAACUAAAUCAGCGCCUGCAGCAUCAGCAGCCACAGCAGCAGCAGCAGCAGAGUUAUCAGCAAUUGAGAGAAAAAAUCCCACAACGUCCACAUGCCGAAAAUCACAUUUUUAUAACAAACGUAAAUCAGAAUUGCUUAACUGCCUUCAGUCUUGUUGUGAACAAACAAAACCAAAAAACAAUAUCGGCCACGGCGGAUUCAACGGACGACUGUUGCCCAGGCAUACCAAUACUACCAAUAACAACAGCAACAACGGCUACAGGACCAACAACAACCGCAACAACAUCAGCAUUGAUUCCAGCUCAGUCAACAGUAUGUCAGCCCAAAUGCAAACAAACAACAGCCGGAGUAAAAACAACAACAGUAGCACGAGCAGUGGAAUCCUUGUUGGUUAUGUGCCGCCAUCAGCAACAGUAUCAGCAUCAGCAUCAUCGUCAUCAUCAGAAUCAGCAUCAACAACAACAACAGCAACAAAACCAACAGCAACAACAUUCUCAAUAUCAAACAGAAAAUCUGAAUUUGAAACAGUAUCCCCAGCAAAGGCCUCAAAAGCAGUCUCUUGUAGAGCACCAACAAAAACCCCAUCACCAGCAUCAGCAUCAAGAAAAACAACAACACCAGAAACAGCGUUACCAACAUUGUCAAGACUACCACCUGCCAUCGUUGUAUUCGAAUCGAAACAGCUCAAACAGCAGCAGCAAAUCAAAAAAUCUGAGAAAAAGCCUAUACAGCACCAUGAUGGAACAUCUGCUGGUGAUUGGCUCUUUAUUGAUCGCAUUAAGUGUUCGUGUGGCCGGCGACGAAUCUCAGGAUUUCCAAAAGAACAUUCCUGCACGUCUGGUCUGGGCAGCAGUGGGCAAAAGUGUCGAUUUGCCGUGCGAUCUAACACCGCCAGCGCACGAUUCUGUAAAACUAUUGCUGUGGUUCAAGGAUACAACAGGAAUUCCACUCUACACUUUGGACUCACGCGGCGGAAAUGUAAAAUUGGCCACCCAUUCAGCCAUAGCUAGCGAUUUGGGUCAACGUCUAUUCUUUUCCAUUGGCGAUAAUCCCAAGGAUUCACGUCUUCAGAUACGCGAUGUUAUACCAACGGAUGGCGGUGUUUAUCGCUGUAGAAUAGAUUAUUUCAAUUCGCCAACGCGUAACUAUAGAAUAAAUUUAACAUUGGUUGUUCCUCCAGAAGAGCCUCGCAUAUUCGAUGCCCAAGGUAAUGAAAUUGCCCAGGCAGGACCAUUUCGUGAGGGUUAUGAAAUGUUUUUAUGCUGUCAAGUCAAAGGAGGUCGCCCACCACCAAAAGUCACCUGGUGGAUGGGAGACACCGAAUUAAUUGGUACCAGCCAUACAUCCACUGAAGAAGGAGCCACCGUCAUUGUCAAUCAAUUGCUGAUUGGCACAACGCCCAGAGAUUACUAUGGAGCGAAAAUUCAAUGUCGUGCCCAAGGCACCAAGCUGAUAGAGCCGGUGACAAAGGAAGUUGCCUUGCAAGUCUAUUUGAAACCUUUAAAAGUGAAAAUUGUAACACCAAAUGAUUUGCUGACAGCAGGACAUCCAGUGCCAAUUAGAUGUGAGACAACGGGCUCUCAUCCGCCAGCCAAAAUCACAUGGCUAUUGGAUGGUGAGCCAAUUCGCAAUCCCGAGGUGACAGUGCGGGAGGAUUCAAAUAAAACAACCAGCAUACUGACACUAAAGGUAACCUCGGAGAAUGAUAACGCUGAGCUAACAUGUCGUGCAACGAAUCUACGUUUUUCUGGUGGCGCCAUCGAAGAUAAACGUAUCAUACGUGUGGCAUAUCCUCCAACGGUUUCGGUACAUUUAGCCAAUGAAGAUCCAAGUCGCGUAGUAACCAGAGCUGAAGGACAAAAUGUUACAUUCAAAUGUCGUGCCGAUGCCAGGCCACCCGUAACAUCGUAUUCAUGGUUUAAAAACGGUAUGCGUAUGUCUGGUGAAAGUUCCGAGAUAAUGCAUCUAACGCAAUUGGAACGAGAAAGUGCUGGGGCUUAUGCCUGUGGGGCAACAAAUACGGAAGGUGAAACCAGAAGUUCCAGCAUAACGUUGAGAGUACAAUAUUCACCCCGCUGUAAACCAGGCACUGAACAAACAUCCAUUGGCGCCAUAAAUAUGCACUCAAUACCGGUCAAAUGUGAAGUAGAUGCUGAUCCACCAGAUUCGGUGAAAUUUAGUUGGACCUACAACAAUACCAGAAAUGUGUCACCCGUCUUGAAUUCGAGAAUACAAUCGAAUGGUCUGGUGAGCACAGUAACGUACCUGCCUCAAACCGAUUCCGAACUAAUAACAUUGGCAUGUUGGGCGAGUAAUGCAGUCGGUCGUCAGACAACGCCGUGUCUGGUGCAUAUUUUACCAGCAAAUCCCCCGGAAACACCCAGAUCUUGUGAGCUACGCAAUGACACCGUCUUGGAAGUGGUUUGCGUUGCUGGCAGUGACGGUGGCCUCUCACAAUAUUUUGUCCUGGAAGUUGUGGGCGGUGACCCCAUGUACGGAGUAAAUGAUGCAACGCGCAGCUUUAAUGAUGCAAAUCCGGGAGAAAAUGAAAUAUCCACAAUGAAUGACCAGGCAACAUCGGCACCCAUCUUUCGCAUUCAGGAACCUAAUCCCCAGUUUCGUUUAAAUAACUUGGAACCCGGUCGUGAAUAUCAAUUUCAUGUCUAUGCUGUUAAUGCCAAGGGCCGUAGUGAUCCACCGGUGGUCAUAGAACGGGUUCGUGUGGCUGCCCAACUGGGGCCAUAUGGUAAGUUAUAUGAAUCCAUUCUCUCGGAGGAUCCAACACCUGCCGAAACAACGCAUCAUGUCAGCGGUAAUGUUGGUGUUGCAGCCAGUGGUGCUGGUGCCAGUAUAGGUGGUGGCCCCGAAAAACAAUCAACACUAUUACUGUUGGCGGCCGUUGUGGCCAUUGGAGCGGUUAUUGUGACAUCGAUUAUUGUGGCGGGUAUUGUGGUUGUUUGCAAACAUCGACCGAGAGCACCACAGCCACAAGAUGUACGCAAGAGUAUGAGACCCGCCCGCAGCGAUGUCCCCUCCAUGUACAUUGAGGAGGAAGAACUGAACGACGAAGAGGCAGCCAUGGGCACGGCAAGAGCUGCAGAAAUUCGUGCUCGCAUAGCACCCAUAAAUAUGAUGCCACGCUGCAGUACAAGUACGGCGAGUAGUCAACAUCAUUAUAUCUCUGAAGGUUUCAUACAAUACGCCCAGCCGAGUCUAAACGUAUAUAUUACAGACCCUGAUCUGAUAUUGCCCCGAGGUGAAUUGGAAUUUACAACAUUGGAUCCAACGCUGAAAUAAUACGAACACCAACACCAUCUACACAGUCACCACCACCAUCACCAACAACAACUACAACAACAAACUGAGCUGAAUAAACCCUUGACUGUAAUAGCACCAACAACUGCAACUGCUACAACAACAACAAUUAACAUAAGCCAAAUAUAACAUAAACAUUGAUGAGAAUUGAAAUCACUGCAUAAAAUCGCUAUCUCUACAUCUGUAUGUAUGUCUAUCAAUCACUCAAACGUCACUAGACAGUGUGUCUGUCAGUCAUGGCGUAUCAUUAUUCCCUGUUAUCUUUUAUUCUGCUCCAUACCCCCCAACAAUGGCAAGAAUCUAUGCAACCAAACAGACAACCUACCAAUUUUUUCCCUGAAAAAAAAAAAACAUCCCACACACAUGCAUACGUUCGUACAUACGUUCAUUUCCCUAGUCUAGGAAUGGAAACCUUCUAGAAUAACAACAAAUAAUUAAAAUGAAUAUUAUGUCUAAGACUUCAACGUACAUUUCUAUGUAUAUGUGAGUUCAUCGUUCAAGGAUCAAGAAAGAAAAAAAGGAUAUUUCAUUCGUUUUUAUUUUCUCUCUAAAAAUGGGUAUGUAUGUAUAUAUGGGAAACAUUUGAGUCGGUUAAAAAGAUAAAAAAUUAAAAAAUACUAGAAAAACCAUUUUUAACUGAACUCCAGACGGCAAGUGACCUUUGGAAAGUAGUGUUUCCCAUAUUGAGGGCAUAAUUAAUACAUCCAGGUCAAAAAAAGAAAAACUUUGAGCACAACCAAACUCAACUUAAUGUCCAUUGUGUCUCAAGUACGACACUGCACUGCCUGCAAGUGAAAGUUGAGUAUUUGCCAAUUAUUAUAGAAUAUUAAUUAAUUAAAUAAAUUUUUAGAAAGUUUCUACAAAGCCUAUUUUUCCCAAGUUAAUUUGAUAUGACAAUUAAUCAAUUAUGCAGUUAAAUAAUUUAAGGGAAUAGUAUGAAAAUAAUUUAAGUUUUCAUUCCUUCUAAUUAUUUCUCUUUGAAUUAAAUAAUACGAAAAGGUUUUAAAGGUUUUGUUGAAACAAAUCCAUUUCAUUAAAGCAUACUUUUAGGAGCAGUCGAUAUUAUAAAGAAUUAUAGACUUUAGCCGUAUUUACACGAUUACCUUUGGGGGAAUGAGAUGAAGAGAACAGUGCUGUCAACUUUAAAAUAAAUUUUAUGUUCUUCGUUAGAGUUGACAACUAAACUAAAGGGAAAUGUGUUAAGAGCUUUAGGAAAAUUGUUAAAAAAAAACACACACACACACACAUAAAGCCCAAAACUACUUAAGGUCUAUAUUGGAAUUGAUACAUAUAUACAUAUAAUAUAGUUUUUGAAUAUUAUUUCGUGGAAAUUUUGAACGCAACCGCACCGUAUAUGGUCCAUUCGAAUUUGUCCAUUUUUGGCCUACUCUUUCCAAAAAUGUUUCGCAGUGCUUCAAUUAAAGAGAACUCGACUAUUUAGACAUGAGCUUUAAUAUAGCCUCAAACAAAAUUGUCUAAAGGCAUUGAGUCCCACGAUAUAGGCUGCCAAUUCACCGGUCCCAAAGUAGCCUAAAUAGAAGAGGAAAGCUCCCCCCUCUUCACAAUUUUUUUAAACUAUCAGGUUAAGAUUCCUUGGAAUCUGUGCGGUUUAAGCUUAUAAUGUAUUUGGAAAUAUUAGUGAUAAUAAUGCGAGGAUCAUGUUGGUCGGCAAUUUUAAUACUCGAGCGAGUCUGCCAUCUGUCUGUCUGUUGAAAUCACAAUACAGCUCACAUUAUUUGACGUAGAGCUUCAAAAUUUGGCACAGUAGUUUACAUUGUGUCUAGGAUGGUUGGUAUUGAAAAGAAGAUAUUUCAAUCCACGUUUGGAAUAGCCCCUACAUAACAGUACCUCCCAAUAUUCAAUAUUUUGAUGAUUUUCGCAACAUUUUUUCACGGGUUUGUCUAAAAAAUUAAUUAAAAAUUAAAAAUUAAAAUAUACUAAUAAAAUACCUAUUUAAUUAAUUUUGAAAUAGUUAAACUCAGAAGUUUCCCCUUAACAUACAUACCUCCAAACAAUAUACACUUUUCAAUCUCCAUUGUACUUAGAUUGUUAAUUCAUAUUCAUGCCUUCAUAUACUUCCGAUAUUUCAUUGAACUGUUUAUUUUUUGAAUGGAAGUAAAAAACUAAAUCCUACUACAAAGUUAAGUUUUACAAGAGAAACAACAACUACCAAAAAUACCAUCAAAAUUUGGCCACUUAAAAAGUGUAUCUAUAUAUAUUUAGUGAUGUAAUACUGUAAUGUUCUUGGUAUUGUCUUUAUUUAUUUUUUUUUAAACCAUACUUCAAAUACUUACCAAUGAAUAAUAAUUAAAAAACGGCUCCAUUCUUGGAUUUUUGGAGUAAAAUUAGAGAAUAAAUUAAUGUAAAUAAUGUUAAAUAUAAUUAAUAAUUAACGAAAAAACAGUAAAUAAAACAAAAAUCCAAUUGUUCUUAGCCCCAAGUUUAUAAAUGUUUGAAGGUAAAGGAAAAUAAACGAAAAUAUAAUAAAACACAAAAAAAAUCUGUACAAACUUAUAUAUUGUGUAAAUAACGAAUUUAGAAUGACGACGAUUAAACUAACUAACAAAUCUAGUACUGAAAUGACGUCUAUAAAAAAUUAGUUUAAUAUGAAAAGAAACAAAAAACAUAGAAAUUUAGAAGGCCAUAAAUACAUAAAACGAGAAUUUAGAAUAAUAUGCAAAGAGAAGAAUGACAAAAUGUUGGUAUUUCGAAAAAAAAUCGAGGAAACUCAAAUCUAAAAUACUAAGUCCUAAGUAUUUCAUACAAAAAUUCAUAAAUAUACAGGGUGGGUAAAAAACAAAAAAACUUGGAAAUUGAAGGUGUCAUAAUUUUUGGAGAGUCCUCUCACAGGCGAGAUAUAAAAUUAUUUAUAAUUUUCCUGUAAGAUGUUAUUGCCAAAAUAAUUAUCAGUUUUAUUCCAUUUUUUUGAACCACCUUGUACAAAGGAAUAAAUACAAAUUUAUAGACUAAAUAAUUAAAUUAAUAAAAUUCAUAAUUAAACGACAUAUUUGUCACUGCAAACUAUUGACAAAAGAAAAUAAUUAUUACAGAAUAUUAUUUAGAUCUUAAUAGAUUAGUAAAACAAAAGUUGAAAAUAAACAAAACUAAAUUUUAAGUGUUUCUUGUUAACUUACAAAUUUAAACAAUAAAAAUAAAUAAAUAAAACACAGUCACACACACACAUACCAACACACAUAGACAUAACUCAAACAAAAACUGAAAAAAAUAAAUAUUUAAGUAAAUAAACCAAAAAUCUUUAAAUAAAUCAAAAGCAAACAAACAAACCAAACGACAUGAAAAUUAAACUUAACAAAUGGAAAAUAAAAAAUAAAUUAAAUUUAAGUUAAAUAAGGAAUAAAAUAAAAGAAAACAAAAGCAUAUUCGUAUGUAUGUUGUAUAUAUAAAAUAAUAACAAAAAAAAUAAAUAAAAAUUGUAAUAUUUAGUAAAUAAUUUAAAUACAUAACUGUGCUAGGAUUACCAAGAAAACUUAAAACAGAAAUUUUCUUUUUAUUAAUUAAUGUUUAGUAACAAAUUUAGUUUUUUAAGAUAAAAACCAACAAACAAAAAAAGUCGAAUUCUUUAAGAACUAACUGAAAAAAAUAUAUCUCUUAAGUAUAGACAUAAUUUUGUUUACGUAAUCAAAUAUAAUCAAAAAGAAAACAACAAACAUACAACAGAACUAUAAAACAAAACGUAUGACAAAAAAAUAAAUAAUAAUAAUUGAAAAUAAAGCCCAUACCAAAAACAGAAAGAACAAAAAAAUAAAAUAAAUAAAGUGAAAUAUUCAAUAAGAAUUACAAUUGACAAUUGUAUUUUUUGGAAAAUGUCUGAAAAUAACAAUUAUAUGGUAAGUUUGUAGUGUGUUUACAAAUAUGUGAAAACACCAAUUAUUCGGUUGUGUGUGAGCGCCAAGUUUCUUAAUACGAAAUAAACCAAAAAUCAAAACAAUUUGCCAAUUUUUAAGUUUUAUAAAAACCUUUAUUUUAACAUAAACAAUUAAAUUUGCCAAACUUGUUUUUUUUUGCCAAAAAGAUAACAGUUUUAUAAUUUAGUUUUAUAAUUAAUUUAAGUUUUUUACAACUCUACAUACGUACAUAUUAUUAUUUUGUAUAUUAUAAGUUUUUUGUAUCAAGUUUCAGCAAUAAAUGUAAUUAAGAAUUCGAGACCAAUUCCGUUGUUUUAUUUUUUAUUUAAUAUUAUUUCUUUUUUUAUGGCCUUUGGGGGAAUCUGGAUUCUUGGUUGGAAUGGUUAUUUAGUGAAAUGUUUUAAAGUCGUUUUCUCGUGUGUAACACUGAUAAGUUGUAAAUUACUGAUAUAUCAUCGUCCCGACCAAUCUGCUGAGAUGAGGUUGGCUCUUUAUAUAUUCCAAUUUAUGGCAUAUUAACCAGUAAAGAAAGUCUUAAAGUCGGGCGGGGCCAACUUUAUGAUACCCUACACCACUUUGCAUAUUUAGUAGAGCUUCACAUAACAAAUAAAAGUUUUAAUGGGGAAUUUGUGAGAAUUAAUUCAUACCAACUAUGAUUAUAGUAAUAAUUAAAAAUCCAAAGGAACUAAUAUAUGGGAGGAAUAUCCUCCGCUGAAUCGAUUUCUACUAAAUUUGUCGAGGCAUUUGCGCCUUUUCAAUUCGGACUUGUAUUAUCCAUUUGGUGCAAAAUUAACUUGAAAUCGGAUAGAUAUAUAUGGGAGCUAUAUCUAAAUCUGAACUAAUCUCGAUGAAAUUUAGCAAGGGUAUUUCUGAGCUGUAUUUGAUAUAUUUCCCCGAAUAUCGUUACUACGGAGUCCAUAUUACGGCUAUGCAGGACAAAUUCAACAAAUCGGAUGAACAAUAUGUAUGAGAGCUAUAGCUAUAUCUGAACCGAUUUCAACUAAAUUUGACAUACUGAUUUCUAGACUCAAUUCGGUGGUAAGUACCAAAUUCAAUUCCAUUUG